CGCAGCCAGUUCUCCGCAACCGCCGCCGCCGGUCAUCCGCCUCGCGCCUUACAGCCUUCGACGACAACAGCCGCCGCCAUGAGGGAGAUCGUGCACCUGCAGGCCGGCCAGUGCGGCAACCAGAUCGGCGCCAAGUUCUGGGAGGUGAUCUCGGACGAGCACGGCAUCGACCCCACCGGCACUUACCACGGGGACAGCGACCUCCAGCUCGAGCGCAUCAACGUCUACUACAACGAGGCCACCGGCGGCAAGUAUGUUCCUCGCGCGGUGCUGGUGGACCUGGAACCGGGCACCAUGGACUCUGUGCGCUCCGGCCCCUUUGGGCAGAUCUUCCGGCCAGAUAACUUUGUCUUUGGUCAGAGCGGAGCCGGCAACAACUGGGCCAAGGGCCACUACACGGAGGGGGCUGAGCUGGUGGACUCUGUGCUUGACGUUGUCAGGAAGGAGGCCGAGAGCUGCGACUGCCUGCAGGGCUUCCAGCUCACGCACUCCCUGGGGGGCGGCACGGGUUCGGGGAUGGGCACCCUCCUGAUCAGCAAGAUCCGAGAAGAGUACCCCGACCGGAUCAUGAACACUUUCAGCGUGGUCCCCUCCCCCAAAGUGUCGGACACUGUCGUGGAGCCCUACAAUGCCACCCUUUCAGUGCACCAGCUGGUGGAGAACACGGACGAGACCUACUGCAUCGACAACGAGGCCCUCUAUGACAUCUGCUUCCGGACCCUCAAGUUGACCACCCCCACCUACGGAGACCUCAACCACUUGGUCUCUGCCACCAUGAGCGGCGUGACCACUUGCCUGCGGUUCCCCGGCCAGCUCAACGCUGAUCUGCGCAAACUGGCCGUCAACAUGGUCCCCUUCCCUCGCCUGCACUUCUUCAUGCCCGGCUUUGCCCCCCUCACCAGCCGCGGGAGCCAGCAGUACCGGGCCCUGACCGUGCCUGAGCUCACCCAGCAGAUGUUUGAUGCCAAGAACAUGAUGGCUGCCUGUGACCCCCGCCACGGGCGCUACCUGACUGUGGCGGCGGUCUUCAGGGGGCGCAUGUCCAUGAAGGAGGUGGACGAGCAGAUGCUGAACGUGCAGAACAAGAACAGCAGCUAUUUCGUUGAGUGGAUCCCCAACAACGUCAAGACAGCCGUUUGCGACAUCCCUCCCCGCGGCCUCAAGAUGUCCGCCACCUUCAUCGGCAACAGCACCGCCAUCCAAGAGCUGUUCAAGCGGAUCUCUGAGCAGUUCACAGCCAUGUUCCGCCGAAAGGCCUUCCUGCACUGGUACACCGGAGAGGGCAUGGAUGAGAUGGAGUUCACGGAGGCCGAGAGCAACAUGAACGACCUGGUCUCCGAGUACCAGCAGUACCAAGAUGCAACCGCCGAGGAGGAGGGAGAGUUUGAGGAAGAGGCAGAGGAAGAGGCCGCUUGAGGCUGCUAGCCAUUGGACUUUAUUUGUCUCAGACCUGUUUUUACGUUUCUUUGUUCCACUCUUCUUCUUUCAUCAGUGUCACCUGUCUGGUGUUGUACAGGCAUUAAAAACGUUUUCACCCUGCA